AUGCCUGCUUACAUAUUACGAGUAAAUUUCUGUGCAUCUUUGCAGCAGCAGCAGCAACAGCAGCAACAGCAGCAGCAGAACAAGGGGAAGCCCUUUGCUGCAGCAGGGUACGAUGGGGGCCCCCCCCUCCAGGGGGGCCCCCACCAAGGGGGCCCCCCUAUCGAUUGUGUGUUUAUUGGUUCCUCUGGAGGUGUCAAGGGGGGCCCCCUUUCACAAGUGUGGGACCCUUGCUGGGGGCCCCCCCCCAAGGAGCAAACUCUUAGGGGCCCCCACUGCAGUCUUCUGCAGCAGGUCAUGGAGGGGCCCCCAAGGGGAGGCCCCAGAGGGGCGCGUCCCCCUAACAAUGGCGAUAGGCCUUCAGAGGAGCUGCUGCUGCUGCAGCAGCAGCAGCAGCACCUGCGGAGGCAGCAACAAGCUCUGCAGAGGCUCUUACAGCAGCAGCAGCAGCACCAACAACAGUUACGGCAGCAGCAGCAACAAAGGAAGAUACAGAUACAGAAGCAGCAGCAGCAGCAACGGUUGCAACAGCAGCAGCAACGGUUACGGGAGCAGCAGCAACAGUUGCAGCAGCAACAACAACAAUUGCAGCAGGAGGAGCAGCAGCAGCAGCAAAGGAGGCAGCAGCGGAUUGAAGAGGAGGGAAGCAACAAUGGAGAAGCCAGCCUCUCCUCUCUCAAGCUGCAGCACUAUAACCUUAGCAGCAGCAGCAGCAGCAACAGCAGCAGGAGCAGCAGCAGGAGCAGCAGCAUCUGCAGCAACAGCAGCAGCAGCUGCUACUGCAGGUGGCACCUUAGGCAAAGGCAAGGGGGCCCUCAGCUGGGGGGUCCUGUGCUGCCUGCCUACACACAGCAGCAGCAGCAGCAGCAGCAGCAGCACAUGCUGCAGCAGCAGCAACAGCAACAGCAACCACAUCAACAGAAGGUACUCCAUCUACAGCAGCAGCAACAGCAGCAACAGCAGCAGCAGCAGCAGCAGGAAGGCCGCCUAGUCUUACAGCAGCAGCACACAACUGAGGAGUUGCUAGAUUUGCUGCGUCCUGCUGCAGCAGCAGAAGCAGCACAGCAGCAGCUGCAGGCAACAAUUGGUGUUGAGGUGUAUGUACUAGGUAUCUAUUGUAUUAAAUUAUUAGGGGGAUCUGUGCCAUGUCGUGCUGCUGCUGCAGCAGCAGCAACAACAACAACAACAGCAGCAACAGCAGCAGAAGGAGGUCCUGCCUCCCGUCAGCAGCAGCAGCGGACUACUUGCUGCAGUGACAACGAGAUCUACAGCAGCAGCAACAGCAACGGCAACAGGUGUACCAACGGCAGCAGCAGCAACAGCAGCAGCAGCAGCAGCAGCUGCUGCUGCUGCUGCACUGCAUGCGAAUGGUGCGCGCUGCGUACCUGUGGGGCUAAGGACGGCACCUUAGAUUUGCUGCGGCGGUCCCUCUUUGUUGAGGACGUAGCAGGUCUGCUGCAGCUGCAGCAGCGGCAGCAGCAGCAGCAAAGGCAGCAGCAACAGCAGCAACAAAGGCAGCAGCAGCAGCAACAACGACAGCAGCAAACCGCCACUAUCUUCAGCAGCAGAUCCCCGCUGGAUGCAGCAGCACGACGAGGCAAUGCAGCAUGCAGCAGUCCUGCUGCUGCUGCUUCUGCUGCUGCUGUAGCAAAGAAUGCCUUAAUAGCUGGGGUGUAUAGGCAGAGGGGCCCCAAUGGUAUAGGUACAGAUAUAAGGGGGCCCCUAAACGAAGCUGUACCCUUAUUGGGGGGCCCCCCCUUUAUACGUUUGCUGCGUCUUAUUGGUCCCUCUUUCUUCUCUCGUCUUCUUAGUUGUAUACUCUUUGUUACUGAUAAACAACUUGUAAGGCUAGCUGAGCAGCAGCAGCUCGUCAGCACCAGCAGCAGCAGCAGCAGCAGCAGCAACAGCAGCAACAGCAGCAGCAAUUGCAACUACAAUGGUAACUGCAACAGUAGCAGUAACAACAACAAUAAUAACAACAAAUGCAUAAACAAUAACAAUAACAACAACAAUUGCAACAGCAGUUGCUGCUGCACCUGCAGCAGCAGCAGCAGCAGCCUCAGCAGCAGCAGCAGCAGCAGCAGCAUUGACUAUUAUAAUGAGGAUAGACAGCCUACAGCUCGUCAGGUGUAUGUACAGCUAUGCGGUAGACCAUUAACUAAUGGUGUUAUAGAGGCACUUAAUAGGGACUAUCGUGCCCUGGAGGAAGCAAAGCAACGCAUGCGCAUGCAACGCAUGCAGCAGCAGCAGCAGCAGCAGCAGCAGCUAGUGCAGCAGCAGCUAGUGCAGCAGCAUGAACAAAAACAGCUUACGUGGCAGCCUAGGGGGAAUCAACAGGUGCAACAAGAGCAACAGCAGCAGGAAGGGGACAUGCAGCAGCCCCUUAAACAGGAGCAGCAGCAAGAUCAGCAGCAGCAGCAACAGCAGCAGCAGCAGCAGCAACAUGAGCAGCAACCUAGCAUAAGCAACUCUAUCCAAACUUAUUGCUGCAGCAAAAGAGACAGAAGCCGCUGCAGCGCAGCACAGCGUCGUGCAGCAGCAAAGCAGCGUCGCCGCAUGCGUCUAAGACUUCCUUACCCUCAUCAUCAUCAGCAGCAGCAGCAGCAACAGCAUCAGCAUCACCAUCAGCAUCAGCAGCAUCAGCAGCAGCAGCAGCAGCAGCAGCAGCAGCAGCGGCUACGACGCAGCGAGAUAGAAGUACCAAGACAUGCAAUUUUCUAUCAUCGUAGUUUUAAUAAGAAAGGGGGACUCAGCAGCAGCAACAUAUUAACUGCAUUAACUAAAUUUGCUGCUGCUGCUGCUGCUGCUGCUGCUGCUCCUAAUAAUAAUAAUAAUAAUAAUAAGAAACCUGAUGCUCCUGUAGCAUCAGCAACAGCAGCAGCAGCAACAGCAACAGCAACAGCAGCAGAGGGAACAACAGCAACAGAGGAGAAGCUCAAUGGGAGGGGAAGCAAAGAUCACCAUCCCUCUGCAGCAGCAGCAGCAGCAGCAGCAACAACAGCAGCAGCAGCAGCAGCAACAACAACAACAACAGCAGAACCAACAGCAGCAGCAUCAGCAGCAGGAGGAGUCAGCAGCAGCAGCAGCAGCAGCAGCAGCAGCAGCAGCAGCAGGAGAGGUUUACGUGUUGCUGCUCGUGUCUUAUUAAAGUAUAUAUUAACAAAUGAUGAUUUUUCUCUUCUUUUUUCUUCUCUUAAGGAAAUUGAUGUAUCUAAGAGGCUACUACUUAUUAUGCAGCAAGCAAUCAGCAGCAACAGCAGCAGCAGCAGCAGCAACAGCAACAGCAGCAACAGUAGUAGUAGUAGUAAUAGUAGUAGUAGUUGUAGUAGUAGUAGUAGCAACGGGCAGCAGCAGCAGCAGCAGCAGCAGCAGCAGCAGAUGACGCGUCGCCAAUUAUCACGAUAUCUUCGUCUUCGCUCUCCUUAUGCUAAGUAA